CUGCUGUCGCCUAACUGUCAAGAUUAGUAGUCAACACAGCAAAGGAGCGGAAAAAAAUGGCUGGAGUCGAAGUGACACCGCUGAGACCAUGGGACGACUUCUUUCCCGGGUGGGAAAGAUUCGCCAAACCGGACGUGAAAGAUAUGGCGAAAUGGAAUAACAGAGUUGUCAGCAACUUGCUCUACUAUCAAACUAAUUAUUUGGCUGUGGCUGUCGGAGUUUUUUGUAUUGUCGGGUUCCUGAACCCCCUGGGGAUGUUCACCGCCAUGGCUGUAGUAUCAGGAGUCUUUCUGGGCUCCGUGUGGGCCGCGGAGAACAGAACCGUGGUCUCUAACUUCAAGAGGCGGAGCCCCGCGGCCUUUGUGCUGGCCGUCAUGGUGGCUAGCUACGUGUUAAUAUCCUUACUAGGGAGCGUGAUGGUGUUUAUGACGGCAAUCACAUUACCUCUCACCCUGGUAUUGGCCCAUUCCUCCUUUCGCCUCCGCAACAUGAAAAAUAAGCUGGAGAACAAAAUUGAGUGUGCCGGACUAAAAAGGUCACCCAUGGGCAUUUUGCUGGAGACUCUCGGUCAGCAAGAGGAGAACUUGCAAAAGUUUCAGUCUUUCCUGGAGGCCAAGAUGAAGGAGUGACGAGGAAAGGACAAAACAACACUCGAGUUUCACGAAGAUCUUUCAACCGUGCGUGUCUGAACCGUCCCAACGAGUGUGUGCCUGGAGCGAAGUCUUCCCUUGUGUUUAGGAGGGCAGCAGACAUGUCAAACCCACAGGUAUUCCACUCCCACAAGGCUACUCCCUAAGUCUUUUAUUACUCUCUCAAAACACAACAACUCUGGCAGAUACAAAAAACCUGAUAAAAGAGCACAAAACAUGCAAACAAAAGGUUCGAAAGCAGGGGUCUUCAACAUUUUCCAGGUCAAAGACAGCCAAACUGAUGGAGAGAGGGAGCAGGGACCCUUACUUAUACUGUACAUCUUGUAUGAAAUCAUGAUUGUAUUUUACAAUAAACUGGCCCUAAAUGUU